UCUGACUCGAUGGACACCGAACUGGAUCUAUCUGAGAGAAGACCUGAGGUAUCCACGAGCCCCAAACAACAUCCGUCCAGAACCUCCUGCUCAGAAACAACCUCCAAGACCCACCAUCACAUCCCAGCAUGCAACAACUCCAGGUCUUUCGGCUGCUCGUGGUCUGCUUGCUGGUCCUGCGCCAGUGCCUGGCUGGGCCCCUGGGGGGCCAGUGUGUAGAUGAGGCCUACUGCACCAGCAGCCUGGAGGAGUACCACGCCCAGCUCGUCAACCUGCCCAACAGCAUCAACAAGCGCAGCCUGGCCCCCUGGAGCUAUGCGGAGCACAUUGACCUGGACAGGGUCCCUCAGGUCAUCUAUGAGGCUAACUGCCUGACCAGCCACUCCUGCAGGGGUCUAGACAGCAGCCUGGAGACCCUCCCCAUCACCCUGAAGAUGCCUGUUCUCAGGAAGAACACACGCUGUGCCACCUACUCUCUGGAAUAUGAGGCCAUUAACAUUGCCUGUAUAUGCGCUACUUCUAGACAAAGCUUAUUCUAAGAACUGGAUAUUAAACUGUAUAUUUUAGUUUCACAUUAUGUAUUCAUGGUGAUGUUGAGAAUGUUAUGUUCAUAUGCUUUGUUAGUUGUUUUGUUGUGUUGCAAAUGUCACUUAUAAGUAUUAUGAUUUAUAAUCAUGUAUCUAUGUCAACUUCCUAUAAUCAAUACAUUUCCCACCUCACAGA